AUGGAAAUCAUUAACAGCAUCCUCCAGACACCACAGGCUGUGUUCAGACGGAAGCCGUUGGUUUGGGCACUGCUGGCUGCCGUCGGCACCAUUUGGACUGGCAAGACACUGGCCAGUCUCGGAUCCUUCGCCUGGCUGCAUUUUGUCCAUCGCUCCUCGCUAGAACGAUACAAGUCGAAGACGCCGUGGGCUCUUGUCACUGGAUCAUCGGACGGCAUAGGCAAAGCUUUCGCGCACGAGCUCUGUAGUCGAGGCUUCAAUGUUGUCCUGCACGGCAGGAAUGAAAAGAAGCUCGAAAAUGUCAGGGCAGAGCUUCUAAAAGAGCAUCCAACACGAAAAGUUCGCAUUUUUCUUUUCGACGUCGCAGUCUCUGCCGGCGAUCAUGCGCGACUUGAUGCAGCUGUAGAUCAGCUGGAAGACAUCGACCUGAAGGUGCUUAUUAACAACGUCGGCGGCGGAGCGAAGCGCCUUUGGAUCCCUCUGCAAGACUAUUCGGGCGACGACACCCGCCUUUUCCUGGAUAUGAACUGCCGUUUUCAGGCAGAGCUGACCCAACGCCUGCUGCCACGUUUGAUCAAGAAUGGCCCAUCAUUGAUCAUGAACAUUGGAAGCUUUGUGUCCGAACUCCCGGCUCCUUACAUUUCUGUGUUUGGCGGCGCGAAAGCUUUUGGCAAGGCCUGGUCACGAUCGCUGCAUUUCGAAAUGCUCACCGAAGGCCAUGACGUUGAGGUCCUACAAGUGCAAGUAGGAAUGGUAUCCACGCCGAACGAGCCCCGGCCAGAGAACAUCUUCGUUCCGAACGCCCGACGAAUGGCUCAGUCAGCCCUCGACAAAGUCGGGUGCGGCCGAAGCGUCGUCUUUGGUUACUGGCCACAUCAGCUGCAUUGUAGCUUGUUGGUGGAUUUGCCGAGUGUUGUUCGUGACAGGCUUUUAAUGAGAAUCGUGAAAGGCUUAAAGGAACAAGAGGAACGAGACCUGAAAACGGAAUGA